GUUAGAGGCACGAGCGGGUUUGACGGGAGGCGAGAGCGCUGCAGGGUUAACUGGGACAAACCAAAUCAUCUUGGUAACGGGGUGCUCGGCAGAUGAGCACCCCACUUUUGACUUCCACUUCAGUUCAGUUUUGACCCAGCUCUCUGACAGAACAGAUUUGCGCGUGUGUGUUUCCCUGUAUGUGUUUGUGUGCUUUCUGUACCUGGAACAGCAGGCUCAAGUUUUUAAAAUUUGUGUCUCCUUCAGGGAAAAGAAGCCCCUUUCUUGCUGUCUGGAAGGAUUGCUGAACCUGGCGUAAGUCACCUCUGCGACUGGAGAUCCAAAGAUCUUGCAGCAUCCCCAACAGAUUGUCUUGGAGGAUCUCGGAGGGAUUGAUCAGGCACACGAAAAUGUGAAAUGUGCUGACAUUAAAGGACAUGUGAUUAGUGGCAAGUCCCUCCUGGAGCUAUUUAUUUAUUUAUUUAUUUACACUUGGGGGCUUUCUACUGUAACAGUGCAGACUCCUCAUCCUUCAGCUGCUGGGAUUGACAGCUUAAAAGAGUAUUUCUUCCACCAUAUGUGGACAUUGCUUCUCACGUGAAACACUGUUGGACAAAAUGGCUGCCAAGCUGAGGGCUUCAGGAGGCAUGAGUCACUCCUUCCAGAAUGUUCUAGAACACGAGGCAAAUCCUGUCGCGAAGGUGGGGGAGGAAGCCCAAGCAAGUCCUCUAGAAUCCGAAGGGGAACGGAUGGUCCCUCGUGUCAUCCAGGUUGGGACCAUUGGGGAGCUUCUAGGCUGGGUGCCCCCCCAAGAGUUGACUGAGGGACCUGAGGAGGGGUUGGCUCAGCGCUGGGAAACCCAAUGGCAGGAGAUCUUGAAGGCAGUACAGCCCCUUCCUUCUGGGUGGGGAAGCCAACAGCCAUCGAAUCCAUCGCCAUGGGGCUCCAGUGAGGCAGCGAUCAAUACCAGCCAGUGGCCUUGUGGAGAAGGGAUUACUCAGGUUCUGGUGGACGAUGACGGAGAAGUUCCAGGCGCCUUUAGCAAUCCAGCCAAGGAAGAAAAUGGAACACUGGAGAAAGAGGUCAUGGGAAGGGACACCACCAAUACCGAGACACGGCGGCGACAUUUCAGGCAGUUUGGCUACCAGGAUGCCGAGGGGCCCCAAGAGGCUUGCAAGAGGCUCCGGGAACUCUGCCGGCGGUGGCUGAAGCCAGAGAAACGCACCAAGGAGCAGAUCCUGGAGCUGUUGAUCUUGGAGCAGUUCCUGAACAUCCUCCCUCAGGAGAUGCAGAGCUGGAUCAGGGUCCGUUGCCCACAGGCCUGUUUUCAAGCGGUGGCCCUGGCAGAAGAUUUCCUUAGAGGCCAGCAACGAGAGGUCAAGGUGCUGGGGCCCUGUGAGGAGGAAGUGGUUGUGGUCUCCCCUGAGGCUGAGUGGUCUCCGUUGGAGGAUGGUCUGGAUCCCAGUUCAUCGGGGAAACUCUGCUUGGAUAGCUAUGCUGUUUCAGCUGGUGAAAGACCUGUGAAUGGGAAUAAGGCUGGUUCUUCCCAGCAAGGAAGUCCCAGGCUGCCAGUGCUGCUUGGGACGUUGUUGGGGCAACCUGGCUCGCUCGAAAGCAGCCGCGGUCUUGAACAGGAGAACGGGACAGAGCCAACUGUGGGAUGGGAUGAAGCCAUGCUCUGCAGCGAAGGUGUCUACGAGACGGUGGUGCGCCUGGAGGAACAUGGGCACUGGUGCCUCGAAUGCGGCGAAAGCUUCCAGGAUGCAUUGCAGCUUAUUAGGCACCAGAGGACCCACACUGGCCGCAAGCGUCCCGAGUGCCCGGAAUGUGGGAAGAGUUUCCGAGACGUCUCACACGUCCUCCGGCACCAGACGGUCCACACGGGAGAGAAACCGUACUCAUGCUCUGAGUGUGGGCAAAGCUUCACCCAGAAACCGGCCCUCAAUAGACAUCUGAGAAAACAUCUGCAAGAGCAGAACUUCACAGGCAUUGACAUCACUGUUAGAACCCCGAGGACCCCCAUGGGCCGCAAGCGUCCCGAGUGCCUGAAAUGCGGGAAGAGUUUCCGGGAUGUCUCGCAAGUCCUUCGUCACCAGACAGUCCACACAGGAGAGAGACCUUACAGCUGCCUGGAGUGUGGCCAGAGCUUCACUCAGAAACCCGCCCUCAAUAGGCACCAGAGGAGACACCUGGCAAUCCAAUUCUGUGCAGGUGAUGGAACGGUGUGUGCCAAGCAGGAAAGGGCCUCUGUGGAGCUAGCAGCUUCACAGCAUAGGCCGCCAGCAACAUCCCAAGAGAGUGUCCCUGGUGCCCAUGCCAGCAGAUAUGCUUUGGAGAGCUGGUCAGUGCAGGAUCCACCCUGGGAAGCUGCACCAGUCUCAGCUAGGGGAGCCACCCGAAAAAAGCUGAACCGCAGGGGACAAAGGAAUUACUGGUGCUUCAUCUGCAUCAAAGGCUUCCGGGACAAGGCGGACCUGGUUAGGCACGAAAGAAUCCACACGGGAGAGAAACCUUACUUGUGCCUGGACUGCGGAAAGCAGUUCAGUUACACGUCGAGUUUGUACAAGCACCAGCUAAUCCACCAGCGGCCGCUUGAUCUGGCGGCGAAACCGUUCACAGAAGAGCCCUUAAUUUGCAGGCACCAUGAUAUUUCAGACGUCCAGGCCACUGGGACAGAUGGCAAGGGGGUGCUGUGCAAUGGAGUGAAGGUCGAGGGGCCCGGAGAAGAGCCUUGCACAGGGAAGGUGGUGCUGUUGGUGGGAAGUGCUGCAGAGAGGUGAAGGGGGAGGGUGUUUUUACAUGGAGAUUCAAGAUAGCUAGAGUCCAUCUUGGUUUGCUCUGAGUCCUGCUACCUAUAUGUACAUUCAGGCAAAUAGGGUUUCUUGCAAUUGACUGUAAUUAUUACUAUGAAUAAUAAUAAUAUUCUUGACAAUAGCACUGCACUUCAGUGACCCCUGUUGCAAAUAUUUGGGCUUUGGGGACACUUGUUGCAAAUAUAAUCUCAUUUCUCAGUUUAAAUAAAAGACUGAACUAA